CAGACGGGGUGUGUGUUGGCAGAAGCUCCUCACUGGCCCUGAGCGGUGCGUGUUUCCGUGUCGCUCGUCCUACUUCCCGGUUAAUGCCGCUAAUUUUACAGAAUAAACGACCUUUUGACACAUGCCAUUUUAAACCCUGCUGUUAAAACCCUACCGGCUGGAUGAGUGUGCCAACCUUCGGCCCCCCCUCUGCAGAGGCGGCUGAGAUAAACCGCAUCCACUAUGAACUGGAGUACACAGAAGGCAUCAGCCAGCGCAUGCGGAUCCCUGACACGCUGAAGGUGGCCUCAGAGCACCAGAGAGGGUCCUUUCCGCUUGAGCCACCCAUGCUCACUCAAACAACCAUGAUGCAGGUUCCUGAGAGGAUUAUUGUUGCAGGUGACAAUGAUGACCCUCGAUAUUCUCGUCCAAGAGAUUUAGACCUGAUUCAGUCCAUCCCUCCUGUGGACCUCCUGAGCAUGAAGACCCCUCCGCGUGUCCUCACCCUCACAGAGCAGUCACUGGACUCUAUGGAGACCGAGCAAACUGCCUCCUCACAGAGCACUCCCAGCCAGACGUCACAGGGCCGCAUUCAUGCUCGUUCUCGAAGGGAACGUAGUGCGAGUGAGCACAUAUCUGGCCGCCAUAGCGUUCAGGCCAGCAGAAGUGAUAUAAGCAUCAGCCCGUCCCCCUCUGUUCCCCCAGUCCGCUUAUGUCCCCCCCUCUGUUCCCCCGAGGAUGCAAGCAUCAACCUGUUCACAGCUGCUGGGGUCCUGUCUUACAUCCAGUCAACAACACGCCGGGCGUACCAGCAGGUCCUUGAGGUCCUGGAUGACAGCCACCGCAGGACACACCUGGACUUGGCCCUGGAUAUAAACUCUGAUGAGUCUGGCUUAGUGGAUGCCUCCUCACUACGACGACAGAUUGUGAAGCUGAACCGGCGUCUGCAGCUUCUUGAGGAAGAAAACAAAGAGCGCUCCAAGCGAGAGGUGAUCCUCUACUCUGCUACUGUGGCGUUCUGGCUCAUAAACACCUGGAUCUGGUUCCGUCGCUGAGGUAGAACAAGGGUGAGCCUCCCAAAACACUGGAAGCCAUUAAAACAAGGGGGGCUCCUAGAAUUUAAAGGUAACCACAGGAAACUUUAUAAACAUUGGUAAUGUCCCAAACCACAACCCUGUAUGUUUGUAUAGCAAAAUCCAUGUUGAAAUUCCAGCUGAGCACUGACAAGAUAAAACCUGAGCCAGCACAUGUAACAAUGUUUACUAUAUCUACUCAAUGUUACAAAAUGUUACAAUGCUGGACUGUAUCUACCAACUGUUGCCACAGCACAGGGAACAAACUUUACUUUAAAGUGUAAAGUCUCUGUAUUUCACUCCCGUAUAAACUGGUAAACGACAAGUAAAACCCAGGACAAUGACACAACAACUGACAGUCUCCAAAAUGUUCGCAUCUGCUCUGAUGUAGUAAGAGAUACUUUGUUACAACACUGUUGUUUGCUGAAGAGAAUGUCAACCCCUGAAUAUGAAGAUGAUGAUCUGAACAUCUAUGAUGUUCACGCGUGUUUAAGAGAAACUAAAUGUCAGAAAUUAAAAACCUUUACCGAUUUAUUUGAGAUUUUGUGGAAAGUGAUGGGCAACAUCUCAACUUGAUAAACCCUUUAUACUGCAACCACAGGUGUUACAGUGAUGCUUAUGAUCUUUGUGAGAGUAGUAUGCACUCAGUAGAGAACAUACCUCUGCCAAGGCCCAACAAUCCCCUUGAAUUCAAGAUGCAACAAAUUGCACACACUCAUAGAUAUUAGUUUCCUAAAUAUGCUCCCAAAAAAUGUUCAUCAAGCUUCAUGAAUUAUUCUGAAACCAGUGAAAAUAUAUAUUAAAAAUCUCUAUCUCACACUUGUAAAAAAAAAGUGGGAAAAAUAUCCCUGGAUCUGCGUCACAUGUAAAAAGUUUUUCUGACAUUAUCCCAUCCCCCCCCCAUCAACUUUCACGCAAAUCCAUUCAGUAGUUUUUCUAUAAUCUUGUUAAAAAACAGACAAUCCAACCAAUCAGUUAACAAACAAACAGACAUGAGUCUUUUUAGGAUAAGAAGGAUUAGAUUGGAACAAGUAUUUUGGGAACCAAGCCCCGAGUUCACAUGACCAAACCUCACACGUGACCUGAAGUUCAUCAAUUUGGACAAAAAAGUUAUGAUUCUCAAAGUGUCAAAAUAAAAUGUCUAGAUCUAGAGGUGCCAUAACGUUGACCCUGAAUGCCCCAUGACCUUCUUGUUAUCCAAAACAUUUGUGUACAGUACUUGAAUAGCCUAAUGUUGCAACGUUGUAGUCUUGGAAAUCAUUAUUUAUUAUUCAUCUCUGUGGCCAUGCCAUGCCCAGAGAUUGUCAUCUGAGCUUUAUGAAGUGGCAGCAGAACUUCAGGGCAUGGUACUGGAGGUGGUAGUUAUCAGUGUAUUAAUUAUGUAUUUCCAUUCUGUUUAUAAAGUUUCGACUUUGUUUUUCCUUAGAAUUUGACCUCUCCUUGUUUUCCACUAAGUUACCUACAAGACUAAAAAAAACAAGAGCAUGGACUUUGUGGUUUUAUCAUCAUACAGUGUGAUGUAAAUCUUAGAGCUAAUGUAAGGUCAUGUGUAACAGACGAAUAUGUAUAUGAGAUAUUGAUGUCAUUAUUUUUGAAGAGCGUUGUGUUAUUUUUUUUCAUUUUCUGUACUUAUCACAAGAAGCUGGAGUUUUAAGUUAUUAUUGUUUACUUUCUUUGUAAUAUAAGAGCACAUUCAUUGUAAAUAUUUUUGCUGUAAUAAAUGAUGGAUGUUGA